GUUCGGUUCAGUCGCUGUUCGAACGCCGGGCCCCGUCGGUGUGCUUCGCGGCUUCAUUCGGACCCUCGAAAUUCUCCCUAAAACCGUUCGUUUACGCCAACACCCACGGAGAGGGAGAACGAGAACGAGAGAUAAAGAGAGUGAAUCAGACGUACCGCCGCGCGCGCGUUAGGCAUUAAUUCUCCAACACACAACGACGCGUUGAUCGCUCUUAUCCUUCCCCGCUCUUUCUCUUCGUUCGUGCUACGACCGGUCACAUUGACUAGGGCCGAGAACCAAUUCGAAUUCGAUUAGAAUAAUAGGAUAUCGCGCGAUAGACGGGCCGAAACGGUGAGACGGUGUGAGGUGCCCAAGGAUCUGUAGUUACUCGACUACACAGCCACACAGGAAGGAAAAAAGACGCCGGCACUUGGGACAGUUUGUCCCUAGUCCAGGAGAUUUCACGGAAACGGACGCGGGAAACUCGCAGGAAGAAAAAAAGGCGAUCGACCAAUAAGCGUGUGGUUCCUGUGCUAUUGGCCCGUGGGAAAACAAAACAACCCACACGAAUCGGACGAACUUAUUCGGUUGUCGCUGGUGUGGAUUUUGGAAACUGGUUUUAGCCGCCAGUGCCGAUCCGAAAAGAAAAGGGGGCGGCCGUAACCGAGGGAGGACGGAAUGGCGGUGUUUGGCUUGGUCUCGGCUGUGGCCGGGUUCGUCAAGGUACGAUACCUCGUGGACAAGGCGGUGAUCGAUAACAUGGUGUUCAGGGCCCAUUACAGAAUCACGUCCGCGAUUCUGUUCGCCUGUUGCAUCAUCGUGUCCGCCAAUAACCUCAUAGGCGAUCCGAUAAACUGUCUGAGCGACGACGGGGUCCCGGAAAACGUGAUAAACACGUACUGCUGGAUCACGUACACGUUCACGUUGCCGCAAAACAACGCGAAACCCGUCGGCACCCACGUGGCUCAUCCGGGUCUGGGCGGCGACUACGGGGAGAAGAGGUACCACUCGUAUUAUCAAUGGGUCCCGUUCAUGCUGUUCUUCCAGGGCUUUCUGUUCUACAUACCGCACUGGAUAUGGAAACAGUGGGAGGAGGGCAAGGUCAGAAUGAUAUCCGAAGGCAUGAGGGGGACCAUGAUCGAUAGCAAACAGGAACGACAGGCGAAGUCCCAGCGGCUGGUCAAGUACAUAUCCGACACUAUGACCAUGCACAACACCUACGCGGCUGGCUACUUCUUCUGCGAGGCGCUGAACUUCGUUAACGUGGUUGGCAACAUAUUCUUCGUGGACAUGUUCCUCGGCGGCGCUUUCCUGUCGUACGGUACCGAUGUGCUGAAGUUCAGCAACAUGAAUCAGGAGCAACGCAGCGAUCCCAUGGUCGAGGUGUUCCCGCGUGUGACCAAGUGCACCUUCCACAAAUUCGGUGCCUCCGGUACCAUUCAGAAAUUGGACGCCCUCUGCGUUCUCGCUCUGAACAUUCUCAACGAGAAGAUCUAUAUUUUCCUGUGGUUCUGGUUCAUUCUUCUCGCGGUGUUGACCGGCAUCGCUUUGCUGUACAGCAUGGCUGUCGUUUUGCUACCCAGCACCCGGGAGACUAUCCUCAAGAAACGAUUCAAGUUCGGCACGCCUAAUGCCGCCAGCGCGCUCAUCAGGAAAACACAGGUCGGCGACUUCCUGUUGCUUCAUCUGUUGGGACAAAAUAUGAACGUGAUGAUGUUCAACGAGGUGCUCGAGGAGCUCUGCCGUCACAUGCAUCUUGGCUCGACGAGCGGUGCCUCGCCCACGUCGGUGCCAUCGGCGCCCAGCACCCUCGAGAUGUCACCCAUCUACCCGGAGAUCGAGAAAUACGCGAAGGACACUGAGAUCUAAUCCCACCCACCUUUCCCUUCCUCAGCCUCUUCCAACCGUAUCUUUGCCUCCUUCUCUUCUCUAUUGUGAUAAUAACCGAGGGUGCGAGCACCCGUCGAUCUCGCGUGAAAGGUUUGCGCUAUCGACGACUGACCCUGUGCGACGCAUCAGCAAAGAAUAAUCAAAUUCAUCAGACGACAGAAUUCUUGCCAUAGAAAUCUACGUGUGUGCCGGUGACUAAAGGCUAGCCAACGGUACCACGAAUAUCGCCGUCAUCCCCAAACACUCACCCCCCGUCCACAGCGCAAACCAACGUUUAGUUAAUCGAACAAGUAUGUAACGUGACCGAAAACGCGCGCGAUACGCAUUCGGCACGCGUACAACCGCAUUUGUCGCCGUUAAAUUAUAACGAGCCGAAAAUUAGCCGCGUAGAAACGGUCUGUCGGAGUUUUUCUGAAGCAAACAACGCUAUCGUCUUUCACCCCCACUAUGUAGCUGUAAAUCGCGCGUCGGUCAAUUAUUUUACGGCGAUUUAACGAAAUCCAGUGACCAUGUAAUGUACGCAGAGUGGGAAUGGUAUUUCUGGAUUUCUACCUGCGCGUAUUCAAAUUCCUUUUUGUAUUAUUGGAAAACGAACGUGACUUUUAGGUAUACGUCGAUGACUAACUGUUGAGAAACGGUAGUCUGUGGUGUUCCAAAUGAAAUUCCCUGCGAUUCGUACAUGAGCGGAUGUUGCUUUCGAUUUCGUAUAUUGUUUCAUUUACGAAAACAACGUGGUUAUAGUUAGUGCUUCCAAAAUUCGUAGAAAUAAAGGAUAAAAUGUUUGUAAUAAAAGGAUAGAAAUCUACGAGCUGAAAGUUGUCAUUAACGUAACGGCGAUACGUUUGCGUGAAAAGCGUGACAGGGAUUAUUCUUGUUGAGAGACGAAAGAAUCUUAGAAUGUAUUUUUUUUCUUGUAUGUCUCGGCGUCGAUUUAUUUAAUUGUUCUGAUGCGCGAGGAUAUGGUAGACUAUCGAUAUACGGGAGGAAAUAUGUCCGUACAAAAGUGCCACGCAAUAUUUUUCGAUGAUGUACGCGCCUGAGAUAAAUCUGGCGGACAAGAACACCGAACGAGCGCGCUGUUCGUUCGCGUAUCGACGUCUGCGCUAAUUGGUGCAAUUAUCCUUAGAGCAAAGAAAUACUAGAGUAUAUAUAAAUAUAUAUAUAUAGAUGUUUCACAGUUACGUUUCCAUUGAACACUUGGAACAAGAUUGAAGCGGGCUCAAUCCGACGUAGAAUUACUAAAAAAAUUUGCAAACGGAACCAACGGAAUCGUUGGACGAGUUCCGAUAGAAAUAAUUCGCAUUUCUACUUACACGUGUCCGCGAGACGUUAGAUCUGAAUAAUUUGACAAAUUAGACGUGAACGUUAAUCGAUAGCUGUAGAGAUAUUUCAAUAUUAUUUUUCGUUACGACUCCCAUUUUACUAUUCACGCUGUGCCGUCGUGUUUCAUUUUUCACUGUCGCUGCCGAGGAUUUCUGUCGAGAGAAACGAUUUGUGUUUGCAAGCUCGUAAAAGCAAACGAUUCCCGAAACUAAAGCAUAAUAACGCUGCUUGGCGCGCGCAUCUCUGUGCCGUCGAAUUCUAAUCGUUCGUUGCUCACGUCCCGUUGUUUUCUCAAGUUACUCGCGAGAAUGAUACAAUGCUGCCGCUAAGUAUACAAUGACAAUACCUACGACAAUAAUUAUCUCUAUGACUAAUUUCGUAGAUCUUUUUUUUUUUAUAUAGUUAUAUACUACUACUGUUAGUCGCGGUUCAAGUGAUAUAUUAAGAUAGACUUAGUUUAAGAGAGAGAGAGAAAUGAUAUAGUUUUAACGAUUGUUCGCAAUGUGCCUUCUUUCAUAGGAUUACAGAGUAUUUUAGUGCCUAGAACCCCUUAAGACGUUGAAGAGACGAAAUGCUCAUUUGUAACGAUUGCGCCGAAGUCAACGGAAAGACUGCCAACACACGUGCAACGUUAGAUGUAAAACGGGAGCAAAGUGAAAGACAGAACGAUUCAACUAUA